AUGCCACCCCUAGGAGACGCCGACACAAUUCGCAUCCUAGUCUCCACAGAUAACCAUGUCGGCUACAAUGAGCGCGACCCAAUCCGGGGCGACGACAGCUGGAGAAGCUUCCACGAAAUCAUGUGUCUCGCCAAAGAACGAGACGUCGACAUGGUUCUUCUGGCUGGCGAUCUCUUCCACGAAAAUAAACCAUCCCGAAAAUCCAUGUAUCAAGUCAUGCGCUCAUUACGCGCAAACUGUCUGGGAGACAAACCUUGCGAAUUAGAGCUGCUCAGCGACGCUAGUGAGAAUUUCCAGGGUGCUUUUAAUCACGUCAAUUAUGAGGAUCUUGACAUUAACGUUGCUAUACCUGUUUUCUCGAUUCAUGGGAACCAUGAUGAUCCAUCUGGUGAGGGUCAUUUAGCGGCGUUGGAUAUUUUGCAGGUAUCCGGGCUCUUGAACUACUACGGACGUACGCCAGAGUCGGACAAUAUACAGGUUAAACCUGUGCUCCUACAAAAAGGUCGAACGAAACUUGCUCUCUACGGAUUGAGUAAUGUGCGCGAUGAGCGGCUGUUUCGUACCUUUCGGGAUGGCAAAGUGAAAUUCUUUCAGCCUUCUGUACAGAAAGAGGACUGGUUCAAUCUGAUUUGCGUUCACCAGAAUCAUUAUGCUCAUACGGAAACGGGUUAUCUACCAGAGAAUUUUCUGCCGGAGUUUCUGGAUUUGGUUAUUUGGGGCCACGAACACGAGUGUCUUAUUGAUCCAAAACUGAACCCGGAGACGAAUUUCCAUGUGAUGCAACCUGGGUCUUCGGUGGCUACGUCUUUGGUUCCAGGUGAAGCCGUUACUAAGCAGGUGUCGAUUCUUUCUAUAACGGGGAGGGAAUUUAAAAGCGAACCGAUACCGUUGAAAACAGUGCGUCCGUUUGUCAUGAAGGAGAUUGUGUUGUCUGAAGAUAAAACAGCAAAGAAGUUGGCACGAAAGGAAAAUAACCGAACUGAAAUUACCCGCUUAUUGAUGACCUACGUUGAUGAUCUGAUUGAACAAGCCAAAACAGAAUGGUUAGAAACGCAUCAAGAUGACAUUGGAGAUGAUGAGGAACCACAGAUUCCUCUACCACUUGUCCGUCUACGUGUAGAGACUUCUACGCCGGAAGGUGGUAGUUUUGACUGCGAGAAUCCACAGCGUUUCUCCAAUCGUUUCGUCGGUAAGGUAGCCAAUGUGAACGACGUCGUCCAGUUCCAUCGAAAGAAAAAGGCAUCUACGACUCGCAAAGCUGGUGAUUUAGAUAGCGAGGCAGCCGUGACGCAUCUAUCAUCUCUUGAUACAGUCAAAGUCGAACAGCUCGUGCGUGAGUUACUUACUGCACAGUCGCUGACAAUUCUUCCUCAGAAUCUGUUCGGUGAUGCCGUCUCUCAGUUUGUCGACAAAGACGACAAGCAUGCCAUGGAAAUGUUUGUGAACGAGUCACUCGACAGUCAGAUCAAGCAUCUCUUGACCCUAGAGCGCGAUGCAGAUCUCGAUGAUGAGGACGAAGCCCAUCAAUCGUUACGGAACGCGAUGGAGAAAUAUCGCGGUCAAAUGGAAGAAAUGUUCGCCAAGGGAGCAGUGAAACGAACACGGGGACAAAAGAAAUUCAAGCCCAAGCCAGACGGUUGGGACUCGGAAUUUGAUGGUGCAUGGGAGGAUCAGCCUGGAGCACUGAUCCAUUCUGAUAAUGAAGGCGGAGACCCGAUUGAAGAAGACGUUGCUGAAGAUGGAACUGAAAGAGCAGCACCCUCGGGACGAGGUAGAGGAAGGGGUCGCGGUGGACGCGGUGCAGCAAGUACCACUCGCAAGACUGCUACUACUACUACUACUACUACAGCCGCCAAGACUGGUACGACCUCACGGGGUAGUAGAGGCAAGAAAACCGUCAUAUCAGAUGACGAUGAAGACGAAGACGUGAUCGUGGUUGAGGACUCCAUGGAGGAACCGGAAGGAAUCAUAUCAGACGACGACGACGAUAACUCUCAGGCACUAUUUGUCCAGCAGUCGCGCGGUAAGAAGACAACAAGUAGCGCUCGGAAACCGGCGGCAAGUACUACUACCACGGCAGCAUCGCGAAGUCGGGCUAAAAAGGCCGCCUCUCCGGUGCCGUCGUCGGUAACAGCAGGCGCGUCUUCCGUGAGACGCGGCGGAGCAAAAUCAACGCAGCAGACGACGCUGAAUUUUGCUUCGCAAGCCAGUUCGACGGGUGCAGUGAGACGGAAUGCUGCGCGUACAGCCAGGGCAGGAUUCACGGAGAUGAGUGAUAUUGAGGAUGACGAUGACGACGAUGCAUUUGAGCCUGCCACGAUUACUCGGAAACGGCGGUAG